AUGUACGAAGGGAUUGACAACCUGAAAUCCCUUUACGACCGUGCCGGGAAGACUUUCUCCGGCGGUCCUUCUGCGGCACAGGAUGUGCCGCGUCGUACUGCUCAACCAGACCCAGUACGUCGAUCAUCAGUUGGGAGCGGGGCUCCCAAGAAUCCCAGGACGGGGGAUAGCCGCGCCACCGGACGAGAUAACUCGUCCGACGUCCGUUCACGUCGCGGUGGUUCAACAGCUGCUCAACUAGAUAGCGCUGGCCACCUCGAGAGUCCUCUAAUGGAGGUGGAGGAGGAGGAAAGACGCUCUCCACACGAUCAUGUGGAUCGGUGUGUUCCCGAGAGCUUCUUUGAUCGCGUAACGCAAGGUUUACGCGACGAUCUCGAGCAUGAGCGGAAUAGGCGUCUCCAAAUGGCGGACACUGCCUCGAAGCAUCGAGCUGAGUUUGCCUUUGCUCAGCUUGAGAACGAGAGAUCUCUGACAUCUCUUCGUGACGAGCUAAGGGUAGCUCGUGGGAUUGUUGAUCGGUCUCGGGCUGAGAUAACUGCUCUUCAGACCCUUGUUGAUGCCCACCAUCGGGAGCACAAGGCUCUCUGCGAGAUGCUUGAGCGCAAGGGCGUUCUUCAUCGGAAGAAGCAGCGUACUGAUGGUACGGCUUAA